AUGAAAGAACACACUCGUUUACUGGGCAUCACAGCCCUCACCUCUCUAGCAGGCCGGGCAGCAGCAUGUACCUCGAGUGCACAAUGUAUCUUGCCAGGCCUGAACUUUUGCAACAGUCUGGACGUGUGCGUUCUUCGCGUGCCCAACGUCGUCUGUCGAGUCAACGGAGACUGUGGCAACCCUCUUCUUCCCGAAUGCAAUACCGCUACUGGUCUCUGUAUUGAGACUAUUGUCGGGGGAGUUACCUGCGAUACAGACGCCGAUUGCACGAACCCUCUUCUUCCUGAAUGCAACACUGCCACCGGCUUGUGUAUUGAGACUAUUGUCGGGGGAGUCACCUGUGAUACAGACGCCGAUUGCACAAACCCCCUUCUUCCUGAAUGCAAUACCGCUACUGGUCUCUGUAUUGAGACUAUUGUCGGGGGAGUUACCUGCGAUACAGACGCCGAUUGCACGAACCCCCUUCUUCCUGAAUGCAACACUGCCACCGGCUUGUGUAUUGAGACUAUCGUUGGCGGCAUUACUUGCACAACCGAUGCAGACUGCACCAAUCCUCUGCUUCCAGACUGUGAUACUGAUACUGGGCUUUGCAUUGCAGCUGUCGGCGGAGUUACGUGUACAACCGAUGCAGACUGCAUCAAUCCUUUGCUUCCAGACUGCGACACUGAUACUGGGCUUUGCAUCGCAGCUGUCGGCGGCAUUACUUGCACAACCGAUGCAGACUGCACCAAUCCUCUUCUGCCUGAGUGCAAUACUGCUACUGGUCUCUGUAUUGAGACUAUUGUUGGCGGCAUUACUUGCACAACCGAUGCAGACUGCACCAAUCCUCUGCUUCCAGACUGUGAUACUGAUACUGGGCUUUGCAUUGCAGCUGUCGGCGGAGUUACGUGUACAACCGAUGCAGACUGCAUCAAUCCUUUGCUUCCAGACUGCGACACUGAUACUGGGCUUUGUAUUGCAGCAGUUGGGGGAGUCACUUGCGAAACAGAUGACGACUGUACUAACCCUCUAUUGCCAAACUGCGAUACUGAUACUGGUCUCUGUAUUGCAGCAGUUGGAGGAGUCACUUGCGAAACAGAUGCCGACUGCACCAAUCCUCUGCUUCCAGACUGCGACACUGAUACCGGGCUUUGUGUUGCAGCAGUUGGUGGAGUCACUUGCGAAACAGAUGACGACUGUACUAACCCUCUAUUGCCAAACUGCGAUACUGAUACUGGUCUCUGUAUUGCAGCAGUUGGAGGAGUCACUUGCGAAACAGAUGCCGACUGCACCAAUCCUCUGCUUCCAGACUGCGACACUGAUACCGGGCUUUGUGUUGCAGCAGUUGGUGGAGUCACUUGCGAAACAGAUGACGACUGUACUAACCCUCUAUUGCCAAACUGCGAUACUGAUACUGGUCUCUGUAUUGCAGCAGUUGGAGGAGUCACUUGCGAAACAGAUGCCGACUGCACCAAUCCUCUGCUUCCAGACUGCGACACUGAUACCGGGCUUUGUGUUGCAGCAGUUGGUGGAGUCACUUGCGAAACAGAUGACGACUGUACUAACCCUCUAUUGCCAAACUGCGAUACUGAUACUGGUCUCUGUAUUGCAGCAGUUGGGGGAGUCACUUGCGAAACAGACGACGAUUGUAUCAACCCUUUGCUCCCUAAUUGUGACACACAAGCAGGGCUUUGUGUUCCUGGCGAUGUCGCCACUACAGCAACUGAUGCAGUUGCCGACACUACAACUGAGGUGGGCACCGAACCAACUACUAGUGACAUCGCUAUAGACCCUACGACCGACGCACUUGUAGACACCACCACCGCAGCUGAAGGAGACAUCACCACCGAUGCUCUUGCAGAUACCACCACUGCAGCUAAUGGAGACAUCACCACCGAUGCUCUUGCAGACACCACAACCGAGAUUGCAGACACUACCAAUGUCCAGGACACCACCGCUAAGCCUGUGGAGACAGAUACCUCCAUCUCCACUGGUAUUGCUUCUAACUCUGAUAGCACUCCAGGAACACAGACGGAUAACAUUACGGACACUGAGCAGCCCACCAGUAAUGAUUCAGUUGACGCUUCCACACUCACAAACACUGGCCCAACAACUGAUGACUCUCCUGCUCCUGUCAGCACUUCCAUUACCGAAACUGAUGACACUUUCACCACUGCAACAGCUUCUCGGACAAGCGGCUCGGCUAUGGCCGGCGGAGAUCAAACCAGUGAUAGCGCUUCAGAAACUGCUUCGGAGACAUCUUCAUCUCGUACUCGUCAAAAUCCUGAUGCUAUUGGUAAAUUCCGACUGUUGGGCUGCCAUGGCUCUACCAAUGGAUUCCCCAACUUUGUACUUGCAGGGAGCAGUGACAGCAACCGCCAUGAAUUAUGCGCUGAGUCCUGUGAUGGAAGUCGGUUUUUCGGUACUUACAGAGGCAACUGCUAUUGUGGCUCCGAUUUGGAAGCCUACAAGGUCGACGAUGACCAAUGUGACAUUCCAUGCCCUGGCAAUGAUGAUUACACUUGCGGUGGAGAUCUGGCUUCCGCCCGCCGUGGUCGCCUUUCCAAGCGUCAGAACAUCUCCACCAACAUUCUCCUCAUCAUCUAUGUCGAUGUCACCUUCUCUGACACGGCUAGCGGUAGCAUCACUAUCCCAGGUGAUACAGUUACUCUGCCCGGUGAAGUUACCACUGUCGCUGGUGAGGUUAUUACAUUGCCUGGCGAGGUUGUUACAUUGUCAGGUGAGGUUGUACAGACUGGUGAGGGUAUCCCUGGACCUGGCGCCACGGUUACUAUCUCCGGUGACGUAGUUACUCUGCCGGGCAAUACAGUCACUAGAUCUAGUGCCGCCGUUACAGACGGAUCCGGUAAUACCCUCACAGGUGGAUCUGGUGCCACCGCUACGGAUGAAUCCGGUGCCACUGUUACGAAUGGAUCUGGUGCUACCAUCACGGAUGUUACAACUGUCACAACCACGUUUGUCUCUACCAUUACAGAAGCCUCGCAGACCCUCUUCACCACUGUUACUGCCGUUGUAGUCUGCCAGAGCGGAUACUGCGUUCCAACAACUGACCUGCCACCAAACUCGCCCGUCUACGUGUUCAAUCCUUACCCAGGAGAGGACUGCAUUGGUGAGCUUGUUUUUCUGGCCAGCCCAUGUUCUUGCCGUGGCGGCGUUGAGUACGUUCCGUACCGCUGUGACGACUCAUCAUGUACCGGAAAGACCGUUUACAAGCCCGAGAAGACGCAAUACAGUGGAGACAGCAUUGUGUACUACCCCUCAGAGUGUACAUACGAGCAGUGUUCUACUACUGGGACUCUUUACAAGCCUUAUGACGGCACCCAGUCUGGACACAAUGGGUUUGACAAACCUAAGGGACAUGAAGGCUACAGCGGUGAACAUGGAGGUUCUGAACAAGGCAAGCCCGGAUAUGGGGGUGGUAAGCCAGGCUCUGAAGGUGGAAGUGAGGGAUCCGGCAAUGACUCCAAAGACUCUACUGGAAGUGAAGAUUCCGACCGUGGUCAUGGGGAUUCUCCAGGCGGUUACCACGAGUCUGGCAGUGAAAGCAAAGGAUCUAGUGGUGGUCAACACAAUCCUACCGGAAGUGAGGGUUCCGACCGUGGUCAUGGGGAUUCUCCAGGCGGUUACCACGAGUCUGGCAGUGACAGCAAAGGAUCUAGUGGUGGUCAGCACAAUCCUACCGGAAGUGAGGGUUCCGACGGUGGCCAUGAAGGCUCUCAAGGCGGUUACGAAGGCUCCAGCGGAAGUGAGGGGUCUAGUGGUGACUAUGAGGGAUCCAACGGCAAUGAAGGAUCUGGAGGUAAUGGUGAAACUCCUAACAAUGGUUACGACGCUCCCAAGCCAACCGAUGAAGAGUCUGAAGGAAAGCCUGGAUAUCCAGGAGGAUCCAAGCCUGUUGUUGUUUCGCUGGCAGAAGCACAAGCUGUCACCAGUUUUGUGCUCAUGCUUACCCCUGUCCUGGUCGCUGCGCUCUGUAUUUGA